AUUUGUUUAAUACACGACUCUGUAAUCAUUUUGCUCCUUCCUUAACUGUUCCUAAUCGGGUUUAUCAGGUAAAGCCCUGCAAGAUUUCGAGUGUUUUGAUCGCAGCUGGGACUGUCGUCUACUUGGAUGCGGAAAUAACAGAAUGGUGGUGUUAUCCAAAGAUUAUGGAUAUGUGGCAAUCACUGGUGUUGCCAGUAUGAUCAUGAUUGGUCACCUUGCCUUAAAAGUUGGUAAAGCACGCAAGAAGUACAAAGUUCACUAUCCUCAGAUGUACAGUGACAACCCAGAGACUGGAGACAUCUUCAACUGUAUCCAACGGGCACACCUAAACACUCUGGAGACGUACCCUGCCUUCCUUUUCUGCCUCGCCGUUGGUGGUCUACAUAAUCCUCGGCUGGCCAGUGGUCUUGGGAUGGUAUGGGUUAUAAGCAGGGAGAUCUACGCACAUGGGUACUCCACUGGAGAUCCCAAGAAAAGGAUGAGAGGCUCGUUUGGUAACCUGGCACUGUUGGGCAUGAUGCUGACCACAGUCAACUUUGGCAGAACCCUCUUGGGCUGGAGUGGGCCUAGGAGAUUCCCUGGGAGAUUCCCUGGGAUGAGGGGUGCCCCUUUACCCCUUUAAGGUCCCAACUCAGAGAGAGUUCUACUGUAACAACAAGACAGGAGUGUUUUUUUAUGUAGUGUCUUGUUGCCAUUGGUAGAACUCCAGAAGGUCCAAAUAUGGGAAAACUGACUAUUGCAAUAUCAUCUUUAAGUGUCAAUAUCAAUAUACAUUUUAAUAUUAACACUUUUAAAUAAUUACAAUUAUAAUGCAUAUAUUAAUGUACUAUAUGAAUGACAUUCCGUAUGAUACUUUGGUCUUGUUCAGUCAGCUUUGAUUCAGAAGGGGUGAGAGCUGGGUGGAGAUGCAGGCCUGUUUGAAAGGGUUUGCAGGGAGACGUGUUUGCGGUCUGCGAGGGGUGUGGCUGUCCUCACUAAUCCAAGCUGCAUUGUCCAAAGUCCACUUUAACUUGUUUAAACACAUUCUAUGCAGGCAGUAUAAAUAUAUACAAAAAAAUCUUUUAAAAGAUAUUAAUCCAUCUACCUUUGAACAGACAUGAAUCAAAUGUGAGUUUUUCUUAACACAGGCUCAGAUGAAGGUUCAGUACACAGCUUGACACCUUUCCAUAUUGCAUUUAUUCAUAAACACAAUAAACAAACAGAUACAGAUCACUUCCAUUUUAUUAUGAAAAGGGAAAUAAUCCUUAUACUGUACCUCUAACAGUUAAGCCUGCAACCUUUAUUUUACCAUAUACACCACUUUUGGCACUUACAGGUAAACCACAAGGAUCACAUUUUAAAUAAUGUAAGCAUAAUUUGUUUAGGCACGUGUAUCACACAACAAAAUAAAGUAACCAAGGAACGUGUCAUAAUUUCACUUCCAUGUUACUGCAUGUCUACUACGAUAUUUCAAAUUCAAACAAAGUAGUGAUUAGCGAGACAUUCAUAAAAUAUUGAAUAAAUAAUUUUCCAUUGUAUACCCAACCAAUAAUACAUGUAUACUUAGAAAUAACUAUUUGAUCACAAUUUACCAAUCCUCUCCUAUUAAAACGAUGUACAUGACUUAAACAUGUCAUGCAAACUUACCUUGCGGGAAAUUUAGCAGCGAACAAUCACUUUCAUUAAUUUAUAUUAAAGAUAUGGCUUUUUAAAAUAAAUCAGGUGUUGUCUAGGUUGUGGCCUCUCGCCGUCACACAUACUUGUCACAACAUCUGUCUGUCAACUAAAGUAAGACCGAGGAUAGUUUAAGACAAACCUACUAGGCAUUUUGGUUUGAAAGAGCACUUCUCUCAUGUUUGGUCGAUUCAAGAACAACAUCACACAAUAUCUCUGUGGUGUUCUUAUGCAACAAGUCUAAUUCACUUUGUGUUUAGCUUCAUGAUGGAAUCUACAGCAACAUAAAGAUUGAUCUCAUACAUAUAGCUGUAUACUAUUUACCUUACCUGUAAUACUUAUUUACCUUACGUGUGUCUUAAUCAUGGAGUCUACAACAACAUAAAGAUUUCCUUUCUUUGUUACAGUGAGCCUAUUUGACCUUUUUGAAACAAGACUUCAUUACUGCUUACCCUCCACUAGGGGUCAAUGUGACUGUGUACAUUAAAGUGCUGUGCAUUCAUAAGGAGGUGGUCUCACGGGAAUAAAACAGUUCCCCAUUCAGACAAAACAUCCCACUUAUCGAAGGGAAUGAUUAGAUAGAGCUAAUAGGUAAACCAUCCAAUGAAA